CGCUGUGUUCAGAAUUGUGUGUCUUGUUCUACUGUAUUUGUGCUGUGAUUCUAAAAGGCUGACUGUUGGACAGUGCUGAUUAUUAUUGGUAUAAAGGAAUUUUCUGGUGGCUAAGUAAUAUUUGAAGGCAUAUUGGAGCAACAGUGAUCAACACAAGUCGACAUGAGUACUACGACACAGAGGAAAAGACGAACAUCAUCUGCUACAUGUUCCCGCCGUGGAAACAGCAAGAGAAACCGGACCCAGAUGUCUCAAACAGCGAUGGAGACCAUUGAUGUGCUAGAAAGUGACAGAACCAACAGUGAAGAUGUGGUAGAUUUAACAUGUGAAGGAUCUGAACCUGCGGUUGUUGACCUCACCAAUAAUGAUUCUAUUGUGGUUGUGGAAGAUGGUGUGCAAAGCAGACGCGGACAGGGUACAGAGAGUUAUGUAUUGAGCAGUGAUGAAGAGGAAGAGUCCAGUCUUAGACUCAGUCCAGGUUUACUGUCCUCUUUACAUGCCAGCUCACGGGCCAGGUCUACGCCAGGGGCAGUUAGCUGUCCUGUUUGCAUGGAUGCUUAUUCAGAGAUCAUCGAUAGUGGUCGGCUCAUGGUCUCCACAAAGUGCGGCCACCUUUUCUGCAGUCAGUGCAUCCGCGACUCUCUCAGCAGAGCUCACAGCUGCCCGACAUGUAGAAAGAAACUCACACACAAACAGUAUCACCCAAUAUAUAUCUAAUGGUAAAAUGAGCAACUCCCUGAAAUCAGCUGUAUGCAUCUCAAAAAGUUCUGUAGUACACUCUCAUGAAACAACUUCACAGCUCCAUGUUUUCACUGGCUGUUUCAUAUUUUACACAUGAAUGCCUAGAUGAUAUUUGGCAUCAUUCUGACAUGUGGGAUUCUGUUGGAAUUAAAAGGGCACUUAGUCCAGGAUUAAUAAUUUUUAAAUAGUGAAUAUAUAUGUAUAUACACUGUUUUGAAGUGAAGGAGUUUUGGGAAUAUAUCCUGACAUUGAGUAGUCUGGGUUUAAGGUCUUGGCUGCUAUAUUAAUAUUUUCAUUUUAUUUUUGUCUACUGUCCAGUUUGUAGUAUUGAAUAACGUCGUUAGGGUCCAGUUCAAAUGGAAAAAAAGAAUGACCAACUGUCACAAGUAGGAUCUUGAAAUGUUAGUUUAGUCUUGAACAAAAUAGCUCUCCGCUGUGGUGGUCUCUAUUCUUGUUUAGUGAAAUUUGUCAGUGAAAUUUGUGAGCCUGUAAUGAUAGUUUGGGGCGCAUCGCUUUCAUCUGGUGGACAACUUUUAGGUCACCCUCUCCCUGUACCUGCUCUCAUUUGUUUGUAUAGUCUUAGUACCAGCCUUGUUAGCUUUAACUGUCACUCAUGGUUAACUUGUUUUCAUUCAUUGACUGUUUAGUUGAUCGGAUUUAAUAUUCAGACUCUUAUUUUGUCAUCAAGCAUGUUGUUGCAAUCAGAUGCGUUUUUGAGGGAACAACGGAUGCUGACUAUGUAAAUGUGCUUUUGUCUCUAGCACUUUUAAAGACAUCUUCAUCUGAUCAUUCACUCAGUGGUCAGAAAAUAGUAAAUACUUCUUGAAUGGUUAGCAGAGGUUGACUGGAGGACUAAAGGUAACAAGGCUUGUUUGCAAACUAUACAUGUUAAAUGUUAAUAUUUGUAUAUACUUUAAUGUGUAAAAGACCUGUAAGUUAAGAGGCGUUAGUAAUGUAAAGACCAUAACAUUUAUUUCAAUAAACAUUUUGAUCACUUAUUAGUUACUUUGUUUCAUGGGAUUUAAGAUGUUUUUGGGAAGUACUGGACAUCCAUACUCCAACACAACCAUUUUUAUUCUGGGGAGCUAACGGGUCAGUAUCACUAGAAAGUGGCUUUCAACCCUCAUAAAAAUUACAAAUUUUAGUCUGAAUUUCCCAUUUGCUUUAUGCCAUAUCAUAAAUAGCUUAACUCUAAA